AUGCGCAAAUUUCUCAUCAGCUCGUUGCUGGCCUUGGCCACCGGCUCCAAUGCCGCAGCGAAGGAAAGCUGCAAAUGUUUUCCUGGCGACUCUUGUUGGCCUUCUGAUGCCGAAUGGAGUCGUCUCAACAGUACCGUCGGAGGUCGUUUGGUGGCCACUGUGCCCUUGGGCAGCCCUUGUCAUGAUCCCACCUACAAUGCCGAAGAGUGCAAGAAUUUGCAGAGCGAAUGGCACUACUCCUCAGUCCAUACCCAGUCGUCUUCAUCUAUGAUGGCACCUCUCUUCGCGAACCAAAGUUGCGAUCCCUUCCAGCCUAGAGACAAACCUUGUACUCUGGGUAACUACGUCCGAUAUGCGGUGAAUGUCACAUCAGCUGAGGAUGUUGCUGCUGCCGUGAAGUUCGCCCAGAAGAAGAACAUUCGAUUCGUUAUUCGCAAUACAGGCCAUGACUACCUCGGCCGUUCAACCGGUGCCGGCGCUCUUUCUGUCUGGACUCACUACUUGAAAGGCAUCGAGGUCAUCGAUUGGAAAGACAAGCACUACAAAGGCAAGGCCCUCAAAGUCGGCGCAGGAGUUCAAGGCUUCGAGGCUUUAGCUGCUGCCCAUGCAAAAGGCCUUGUCGUCGUGACAGGAGAAUGCCCGUCUGUGGGUCUUGUCGGAGGAUAUACCCAAGGUGGUGGCCAUUCUGCCUUGAGCACCAACUUUGGCCUGGCGGCAGACAACGCCCUAGAGUUUGAGGUUGUUACUGCUGAUGGGAAGCUAGUCAAGGCGAACAGAAGCCAGAAUAGCGACCUUUACUGGGCUCUCAGCGGCGCAGGCUCCGGAAAUUACGGAGUAGUAGUCUCGGCCACAGUGCAAGCUCAUCCAGAAGCCAAGGUCAGCGGCGCCAGCUUUCUUAUCACAGCGCCUGAAGGUCACCCAGACCUGAUCUACGACGCCAUUGAUGCUUUCCACGCUGCUCUUCCGAAGAUCGUUGACUCGGGUGUCAUGAUCAUUUACUUCUUCGGCAGUUCGUUCCUCCAAAUCCCAGCGUUGACAGCCUAUGGUAAAACUGAAGCAGAGGUCAAGAAAAUCCUCAAACCUUUGGCUGAUUCUCUCGCUGCUCUGGGCCUCAAGUUUGAGCCUACCUUUACCAACUUCUCGAGCUACUACGAACAUUACGGUCACUAUUGGGGGCCUCUACCUGCUGGCAAUAUUCAGAUCGGAACUCAGAUAUUUGGCGGACGAUUGCUACCUCGCAACAAGGUCGAUGAGUUUGCGCCUACGGCACGAAAGCUGGCCGAAAUGGGAGUCACCUAUAUCGGUGUCGGACUCAACGUAUCAAAGUUUGGUGCUAAUAGUGGUAACUCGGUUCUACCACAAUGGCGAGACUCCCUUGUAAUGGUAUCCUUGACUCUUCCUUGGGAUAAUGAAGCUCCCUGGGAAGAAAUGCUGGCAGCUCAGAAGAAGAUGACCGAGGUUGUCCAGCCUGUUAUUGAGGCUGCGACACCGGGUGCUGGAGCUUAUAUUAAUGAGGCUAAUUUCCAACAGCCAGACUGGCAGGAUACUUUCUAUGGCGCCAACUACGAUAAGCUUCUGCAGAUGAAAAAGAAGUAUGAUCCUAAACAUUUGUUCUAUGCUACGGUGGCGGUUGGAAGCGAGCAGUGGGAUGUUGCUAAGGAUGGACCCGCACCUGCGGACCCCGCUUCUCUCUCUAUCAGCUCCAGCUGUGUAAAGGAUCAAAUAUCCCUUGACCGAUACAACAUGUCUGGGGCCGAGGUACUAGCCGGAAUCGGCAUUCUUUGUAACGUUAUGCAAAUAGUAACGUUUGGCAAAGACGCACUCCAUGUUUAUCGUUACGUCAGUGACAACGGAACCCCAGAUGCGAAGCUGGAGACAUACCUUGCCGAUGCCUCAACCAACUAUCAAGAAAUGAAAGAGCAACUUUCUACAACUCCUUCUCCGACGAACGACCAAAAGGAGAUCAUAAAGGUGGGAGAGGAAGCUUACAAGGGACUUCAAAAACUUCGAACCUACUUUCAGGAGCUAUCGGUUGAUAAAGAAUCCAGAAAGGGCCUCAUUGGAAAACUGAGAGUUGCCAAGACUGGCAUCAAGACUUUGUUUCGUGGCAAAGAGCUAGAGGAUCUGGAGAAGAACUUUCAACGGUAUCAACAGCUUCUUCAAACCCGACUGAUAGGUCGCAUAUGCAAUCAAAACGACGCUGUGGCUCUUUUAGCACAAGACUGCUUCAAAAGCCUUGAUGCCACCAAACAAUCCGUGAUCGAAGGCAUAGCACAGGGGCAUACGGAUCUAUCAUUCUUGAUAUCUCAAAAGACUAUCGAGACGAAGAAUCACAUCGAAGAUCAACAUAAAGCGACUCGUACUGUGGUCGGGAAUCAUCUCUCUACAGCAGAGCAUAAUCUUCAAACACAUGUUUCCGAGUCUACCUCUGUGGUCAGAGAGGAUCUCGCUAGUCGGAGCAGAACAGAAGACGAGCUAAAGAGACACGAACAGCUCUUAGCCAGCCUCAGAUAUCCCGAAAUGAAUGCCCGAAAAAAUCAAGUCGUUACCAGUUUCCCUAAAACCUUUCAAUGGAUAUUCUCCAGUUCAGGACCUUGGAGCGAUGAGAGUUCUUCUUCGGAUGACGAUGACGAAGGUAUUAGUAUAGAUGACGAUACUUCUUCCUCGGGUAGUGAAGGUUCCGCUCGUCUUCAUCGUCGUCGGAGAGUCUCGCUGGAGGACGAGAGUUCAUUCUCAGAAAAGAGUGCGGCCUCACAUAGGGAUUGCUCCGAUAAGGACCAUAGUGACAACGAAGAGACAAAUGAGGACUCGGAAGCCGACAAAGACGAAGAUGGGUCUAGCAGCAGUGAUGUCUCAAUUGAAGAUGUCACCACGUCGAAUAUCAGCUCUUGGUCAGAGCCAACUACCUUUACCUGCUGGUUAGGCUCUGAAUCUCAGAUAUUCUGGAUCAGUGGAAAGCCCGCAUCUGGGAAGAGUACACUGAUGAAGUUCAUUGCCACAAGUCCUGCUACAAAAGAGAAAAUAGCGGUUUGGCGUCCCAACGUCAACAUUCUACCACACUACUUUUGGAAGGCUGGCAGUGUCAUGGAAAGAAGUUUCAAAGGCUUCCUUCUAUGUUUGAUUCAUCAAGUUCUUUUAGAUAGAGCCGAGCUCUCACAGCGAUUGUUGCAGAAUAUGCCGGAUCUCCGUUUUAAAUGGUCUCACGAUGAUUGGGAUAUACAACAACUAGAGACAGUGUUACUCUGGGUGCUCGAGGCGGCAGCAGAACCGUUCUUCCUUAUUAUCGAUGGCCUAGAUGAGUCUGAACAGUUUGAAAAACACCUCUCGACAGCUGCUCAACACUCAAACAUACUUGACCGUUUGGGCAAGUUGAAAGAUGUCAAGAUUUGUGUGUCGAGUCGAGAAGAGUACACAUUCACUACUUGCUUCGAUGGUGUCGAAAGACUGCAGCUGCACAAGCUUACCAGAUAUGACAUUCGACAAUUUGCCGCUACUCGUCUUGAUGGUUUGACUUUUGUCAAGCCGAACGACAGAGAUCAGAUUCUUGAUUUGAUUGUCUCAAGGGCUUCUGGUGUUUUCCUCUGGGUAGCUCUUGUCCUUGAUUCUGUCACUAGGGCAGUUCGUUUUGAUAACAACAUUGAGAGUCUCAUUGAACGAAUCGACCACAUGCCGAGAGACUUGAUUGACUUGGUGCAAGAAAUGUGGGAACGAUCUGGCGAAGAUGGCGAGAUACCUAGCUACCGAGCCUCAGCCUCACGUUACUUCAAUCUCGCGCAAGGGCUAGACUAUGACUACCAUGGCCUUUGGAAGAUGUCUAUUCUCAUGAUUGCAAUUGCUUCAGACAAGAAGGGUAUGGAGUCUAUGCUAGAUUUGAACCGUGUCUGGGACGUCGACGAACUGGCAAGACAGUGCUCCAAAACCUUGGACGAGCUCCAUGUUGUCUGUCACGGACUUCUUGAAGUAAAAGAAAAGUCGCCUACGAACUCAAAUCCAUUGCCAGAUGGGAUCGAGGUCUAUAGGAACAUGCAAGUACGAUUUGCUCACAGAUGCGUCAUCGACUUCCUCCGCGACACCGAUAGCGGCGCUGCCCUCCUCGGCGCAUGUGGAUGGGCUAAGGAUGAAAUCAAAGCCCGGCUAGAUGGCUCUGCUAUGGUAUUCGCUCGUUGUAGAAUGAAUUCCAGACGCUUUCUUCUGAAACGAGAUAUUAUGCCCCUCAACAUUGGAAUCAUCAACGGUAAGGAUUAUAUUUUACGCAAAACGUUUGAUACAUGCUUGGAAAGCAUUAUGCGUUACCAAACUUGCCUUAAGGCCAAAACACAUUAUCAAAAUAUCCUCUUCUACAGAUGUACACAAUGGCACUUUGCUGGAAUUCCUCUUGAUUUCGACAUGUGGGCACAAAGUUGGGGGUCUAUAUUCGCCCAAGAUCCUCUGAUCAAUGAGUUUCUAGCCUCAGCCGCCAAAGCAGCCACCGCGUCUUUUAUGGAAAGGCUUAUCAUGGGUCUUUCUACUGAGGACUUUCUGAGCGCAUUGCCUGCCAUAUUUCGAGGCUUGUCAACAGGGUAUUGCCAAGACAUUUGGGAAAUGAGUGGAGGUCAAGAGGAGGAUGACCGCUGUAUCUUGAAAAUGAUUACUUUGACAAAGAAGAUUCUCUCUCGUCUCUCAAGUCUGGGAGGGGAAGGACACGAAGCUGGCACUUUGAAAGCUCUGAGUGGAGAGACACGAGAGGAGCUGCAACGUCUUACGUGUUCUUGGUUCCUCGGCAUCUGUGUUGGGCUCGACUAUGACCAUCUGGAUGAAGAAUCCAAAACAUCGAUCCGGGAGAUACUGCAUCUCAUCACGCUAUCUCUAACUACUGCGGAAGAGUGGAAUCAGCCUAUUAUGCUUUUUCUACACCAAGAAAGUGACAAUUCGUUCAAACUCAGAGCUUUGUCAGUCUUUUACCGUGGAGACGCAGAUCCCAUUUGCUUCUUAACUGCCAAUCUUAUGACAACAUUUCAAGUAGCUCUCUGUCUGGUCCGGCACAGAGAUACAGAGUGUCGCUUGGAAGAAUUCCCGGCCUGGGAGGGACAGAUACCUUGCCUUGUUGAACGCGUGGAUCCAUUAUUACAUGUUGUGGUCAGCAAGAAGGUAAAACCAACGAAAACGUGGGAUCAAUUCAUCUGGUCAGAUUACAGCAAAGAAGAUGCGGAUGAGGUUUCAAAAGCACUUUUACACAUCUUACUCACUGGGGGUCCCAUCAACCCAGAGAUGUUACACAUGGAGGAGCAGCAGAGAGAGGAAGUACCCCAAUAUGGAGUUGAGCUUAUGAGAUAUCUUAUAAACAAGUUCGGUGGUACACAAGGGCUACUGAUCCAUCCAUGGUCCUCGUGGAUAGUCAGGGAUGCAGAUGAAAAUGAGGGAAUUGGAAGAUUGGACGAUCAUGUUGACGAGAGAUCACCACAACCUAUGAUAGAGUUAUUGCACAAAAUAUGGGACUCGUAA